AUGUCUGAAACAAGUGCCGAGUCUCUUCGGGUACCCCCUGUUCGUCCUCCUUCAUGUAUCUCCAUGCUGGCCGAGCGUCUCAAGUGCUCCAACUUGAACGAUCUCGGAUUUGACUGUUCAGAGGCCCGAUUUAUGCGCCGCUCGACGCGACGUCCCAAGGCAGUUAACUUUUCUAAUGAUGAGAUUUGUGACAUUAUUCCCAAUAUAAGCCAACAGCGAUCUUCGACGACUUCAUCGGACGUAGAUGGUAGCCCUAUUACCUGUGAUUCGGGCAAUGAGGACUCCUCUGAGAGCUGGUCGCUACACGCAUACAUGGAGCGAGCCAAGUGCGUACGUACCUUCGUAUUUGGUUCGCGCACUCAGUUCGUUGGCUGCUGUGAAUGCUAUGCGUCACGUGCAGAUGCAGGACUGGUGGAAAUUUUUUACUUUCCUCAUCGUCUCGAGCUCCCGAUGGCUUUUCUUUUGGACCUAACUCUACCUCGUCCUAUCAACCCACUCUCCAACAUUGCUCAGACAACGCGUGCACACAUCGCUGCCGCUGCGUCACUCACCACGGCGAAUGGUCGUGAGUCAUCGCCGCACAUCCAUGAUUGA